AUGGCAAUGCAAAGUGGUCAAGAACAUCAUACAUUGAAACUAAAUUAUAGCUCAGAAACAUUAACAAAAGGUUUAGGUUUCGAGUUUCAAAAAGGUGAUAUAGUAUGUGCAUCAUAUCCAAAAUCAGGAACAACGUGGUGUCAACAAAUUGUUCAUCAGCUUCGUUCUAAAGGGGACAUGAACUUUACCGAUAUAAACAAGGUUGUUCCAUUUAUUGAUGCUGCAUCCGAUCUUGGCGUAGAUCUGAAAUCCGAUCAAGCUGAAUUAUUCGCUCCACCGAGAACAUUUAAAACACAUUUUAGUUGGGAAUGGAUACCAAAAACAUUAUCCAAAAGUGACGAAUUGAAUGCUCACUAUCUAUAUAUUACUCGUGAUCCACAUGAUGUUGCCUGCAGUGCCUAUGAAUACUUCAGUGAUGUAAUAUUCUCUUCUGAUGAAAUUUCACCAAGCAAAUAUGUCGAAAUCUGGAGCACACCUUCGCAUUCACAUCCAGCAAGAAAAGCGGGUCCUAUCCCCCAUGUUGCUAGUUGGUAUCGAGCAGCACAGCUCUAUCCUAAAAAUAUUCUAUUUUUAUUCUAUGAAGAUGUACAAGAUGAUUUAGCUGGUGCCGUACGGAAAAUAGGAAACUUUGUUGGGUUGAAUGAUCGUGAGGAUUUUGAAGAAAGAAUCAAAAUUGCUACCGACCAAUCAUCGUUUAGUUUCAUGAAAAAAUACAACGAUGUAUAUAAUAAAGAAUGCAGCCCCAUUAAAAAGCAUUAUAGUUUCAUUAACAAAGAUCGAACAAAUAAAGGUGUUAUGGGACGUGGUCGAUCAUUUUUUGGCGAUGAAAUAUCGAAAAAGUUGGAUGGUAUUAUUCAAACCCAUUUCAAUAAGGAGUUUGGAAAUCAUAUUAACACGUAUGCUGACUUUCGUAACUUGGCAAAAACAAACCCAACUUUGAAUCUUUUUCUUCCGUGUAAUGGUAACUAUGAAAAAAAUUGA